GCCCAGGGCUGGGGUUGGGGAGGCAACGGAUGGACAUGGACUUCCUGGGCUGGGCUCUGUGACAGCAGAGUAGACUCUGUCCUGGGACUUGGUGGUGCUACCCUUGGCCUCCCACAGUCCUGCCACCCUGCCGCCGCCACCAUGCUGCCCCCUGGGACUGUGACCCUCUUGACUCUGCUCCUGGCAGCUGGCUCGCUGGGCCAGAGGCCUCAGAGGCCACGCCGGCCCGCAUCCCCCAUCAGCACCAUCCAGCCCAAGGCCAAUUUUGAUGCUCAGCAGUUUGCAGGGACCUGGCUCCUUGUGGCUGUGGGCUCCGCUUGCCGUUUCCUGCAGGAGCAGGGCCACCGGGCCGAGGCCACCACACUGCAUGUGGCUCCCCAGGGCACAGCCAUGGCUGUCAGUACCUUCCGAAAGCUGGAUGGGAUCUGCUGGCAGGUGCGCCAGCUCUAUGGAGACACAGGGGUCCUCGGCCGCUUCCUGCUUCAAGCCCGAGGCGCCCGAGGGGCUGUGCACGUGGUUGUCGCUGAGACCGACUACCAGAGUUUCGCUGUCCUGUACCUGGAGCGGGCGGGGCAGCUGUCAGUGAAGCUCUACGCCCGCUCGCUCCCUGUGAGCGACUCGGUCCUGAGUGGGUUUGAGCAGCGGGUCCAGGAGGCCCACCUGACUGAGGACCAGAUCUUCUACUUCCCCAAGUACGGCUUCUGCGAGGCUGCAGACCAGUUCCACGUCCUGGACGAAGUGAGGAGGUGAGGCCGGCGUGGUGAGGGGGGCCACUGCCACCGGCUGAGUCUCAUCCCUGCUGCAGAAGUGAGGAGGUGAGGCCGGCACACAGCUCCAGUGCUGAGAAGUCAGUGCCCCGAGAGACGACCCCACCAGUGGGGUGCCCGCUGCCCGUCCUCUGUGAAACCAGCCUCAGAUCAGGGCCCUGCCACCCGGGGCAGGGGAUCUUCUGCUGGCUGCCCCAGAGGACAGUGGGUGGAGUGGUACCUACUUAUUAAAUGUCUCAGACCCC